AUGUCUUUCCUCGAGUCUUCCCGCAACAUCAGAAUCGAAAACGUGGAGAAUGCAACCUGGCUCUUUUGCGAAGCCCAGGCAGAGGAUGGCACAUGGCAGCCGGCCGAUAUCAACCUCGAUGAGGUGAUCGGCAACGAUGAUGGCUGGUUUAGCCGUAACACCGCUGGAUUUACCGAGAGCGCUGAAGAAAUCUUCUUUCAAGACGGCUGGCUUACAGCCAACUUGCCCAGGCGUGAUGGUAGUUACCGUGAUCGUCAGGGUAUCGACCUCGGCCUCCACAUUACCAACGUUAACGGUAACCUGGAGUGGUAUGGACAAUAA